CUUCGUGUAUUUCCAAAAUGACAAUUCUUGAACGAAGGCAGGGAGAUUUUUUUCCUCUGACUGCCCUGAUGCCAUGAAACAGACAAACGCCGCCAUGCUGUUUGUAAUGUAUCUUGGUCUUCUGUGUUUCGGUCAGGUCGUGUCCCAGUCUUUUGAAAUCAUGGAGGGUUUCCUUACAGAGAUUAACCAAUGUAAACAGAUCCGGGACAAGUUUUCGGAUCUAAAGACGGAAUUCUCCGAUAUGGAGAUCCGGGGCAUCCAUAAGGACAUGCGCCUUAAGAUUAUGACGUCAGUGAACGCCAGGUUACGCGCGGAACUCCGCAGGGUCAUACAGACCAAUGACCUGCUCAAGGACAAGCUGCGCGAACUGGCGCUAAAACUGGGAGAAAUCAAGGAAGAUAACUCCGAGAUUAAAGUACAGAACGUCACAGGGGAAGUUGGGGCGGGAGGUAAACAGAUCAGCUGCUCCGUGACCAAUCACAACAACUGGACAUACUUCAACAUCGAACGGAACGGCCAGACCGUGGUCCACUUGUCUAACGAUGGGCGUGUCCAGACACGCUUCAAUCCGAAAUAUCUCAGCAUCACGCCCACCAUUCGAGAGAACCAGGCGGAAAUAGCCAUUACGUUCUCCUCCCUCCGCUGUACCGAUGAAGGCUUAUACACCUGCGUGAUAGAGGGAAAGAAACACCCACAAAACAUUGCUGUUGUUGUCACAUCGCCAUCGUCCGGUAAACCCACUCUGUCAAAAAUUGGUGACGUCAUUGGCUAUAAAGAAACCGAGUUCCGUUGUGAAGGAAAUCCGAUGUAUCCACGAGGGAAGAUGGAGUUUCAAGUUAAACUUCAGAAUGACACUUCCUUCCGGGAGUUUGAAUUUCCGGCCGCUAAGGUGAUGAACAUGGACCGGAACUGUGUAAGGAAGCAGUCGAUCGGCGUCACACACGUGUUUACCGAUAUCUGGGAUCAAGCCAGAAUACGGUGUAAAAUCAAACACUCGGAAGAUUAUGACGAGACACAAGUGUUCGUAUUGUCACCGACGCUUUGUGGCCAGAAUAUGAUUGGUCGGGGGAUACGACAUCCGCACGAGAUGUCCCGCUACGUCACGUGUGAUGCGGCCACGCCCAUCGUGCAUCAGUGUCCAAUCAACACGUGCUUCGAUGACGUCUUCCAAACCUGUACAGAUAGUUGUUUGGAUUGAUUUUUUAUGCCUAUAGAAAACCUACCAUUAGUUUUCUUUCGCAUUGAAUGUUCAAAUAAACUUUACAGGGUCCUCUUAUGUACAUGUAGAGCUGAUGUAUACAAUCGGAAACAGAUUGUUAAGAAAAGGAAUUGGAUGCUUACAGCCCAUUUGCACCUCAUACAUGUAGCAUUCAAUUUGGACACUGACUGUGAUGGUCUAUCGGCAUAUCCAUCACCCUGUAUUGAGAACAUGUAGAUAAGUUUCCACAGACAGUCAAACUUUAGUAUGAAUGUACUUAUCUAUUUUAGGGGUUUUGGUGGGUUGACAACUUGUAUUUUUAUUAUGUAAAUCUCAGGUACUUAGUAUUUUGUAAAAAAUCACAAAGAAAGAUUUUUUACUAUUAAACAGUGUUUGGGAGGUUUUACCAUUAAACUUGUGUUUACUGUUCCUCAAUAAGUCUUAGUCUAUCCUACAAACAUUAUUGGUUUGCAUUCAAUAAAAAAAGUCACAUUACUUUGUGCAUUUGAAACUAAAA